GCGUCUCAUCCAGCAGCUUUUGGAUAUGUCGACCAACGGCAUAAAACCGCCAGAUGGAACGAAUCCGGAACAACCCAAUGCGGAGACCGACGGCACGGCCCGUGAGAAGAAACUUUGCUCAAGAUGUCAAGAACUGGACCUGAGCGUGGACAAGUUCGUCAUAUAUGACGGAACAUUCAGGCCCCCCAAAGGGAGUUUUGGCCCAGGCCGGCGAGCAGACUUCUCCCUGAAAACCGGAAACAGGCUUUUUCAACUUGGAACUUUCAGCGACAUCGAGCAACGAAGUUGCAAUGGAUGUCCAUUGUGCAUCUUGGCAGUCAAGUCCAUAUGCAAAUCUACCGAGUGUCAAGAAGCCCUGGCACUGCCACUAGGCGAUGUCCUUGCAAGCUUACGGGAAAGGGAGUCCAUCUGUUUCGUCAACUGGGAGAUUGAUGGCCGCGACAAUGAUCCUAUUUCCGCCCGAAAAGCCCGGACGAGACGGCUUCAUCUUCAUUGGAAUAACAAGAAUGUCCCUGAUUCUUACCUCGUUUUUGUGGCGCCUCAAAGGCUGUUCGACAUCAACUCCGACUCUCAAGGAUCCUGGGAACGAGAAGCUUUCUUCCUCGGAAGAGAGCUGAGAACGAAUGGCAACAAUCAGGUUUUGAUGAAGAGCUGGCUGGAUCAAUGUUCCAACCAUCACGGUCCAGCCUGCAUCGGUUACAACAACGAUGAGUUUCUUGAGAUGGCUACGCAGUCGUAUUUCGGUGUAAUAGAUACACUAGACAUGUGCCUCAAAUCACUCCCUUUAAAACCUGGAAAAUCUCCAAAGAAGAAAGACUCAGAUUUACGGACCACGCGAGAUGAUGUUGAGAUUGUACGAAUAAAUCGUGACCGGUAUGGGUCCAGCCCCUCCGAGGUCUCUAUUGAAGAAAGCAAGGAGCAAGAUUACGAUCGGGAUCUCUAUGAACCUUACGUGGCAUUGAGCUAUGUCUGGGGGUUGAAGAAGAACUACACAACUGACAUUUCGAACAUCCGGAUACAUCAACAGCAAGGAAGUCUGGAGACAUUCCUUGAUGAAAUACCCAAAGUCAUUCGAGACGCGAUGAGCCUCGUUCGCCGCCUGGGUCUACGCUAUCUGUGGGUUGAUUCUUUGUGUAUUGUUCAAAACAGCAAACGUUCCUGGAACCUCAACGCUCGGAAAAUGAAUAUCAUCUAUGGCAAUGCCCACUUGACGAUCUGUGCUGCCGAUGGAAGUGAUGCGUGGCUUGGGUUGAAAGCACUAGACUCUUCAGGACACUCAACUAUCCAACACAUCGAAGAGUGUGCUCCUGGAGUACGACUCAUGGUAUCUCAACUCGCUGAGACUGGCAUCAAUUCAUCUGUCUGGAAUACACGAGCUUGGACUUUCCAAGAAAGAUUGCUCUCCAAACGCUGUCUAAUUUUCACAGAAGGUCGAGUCUUCUUCCAAUGUCACUCAGCAACCAUGUCCGAAGAUCUCGUCUCCGAAUCCCACGGAGCAGGCUGGUCCCUAGAUCUUGCCAAAGCCCUCCCUCAGAUCCUCCAUGAGCUGAGACGGCGUCCCAUCAGAGUAUACAUGAACUGUAUGUCCCGGUACUCCGAGCGGCAACUCACUCAAGCAAAAGAUAUUCUCGCAGCCUUUAACGGCGUCUCCAACCUCAUCAGCGAUGUCAUGGGCGCACCCUUCAUCUUCGGCCUCCCGAGCUCGCACUUCGAUCUCGCCCUCCUCUGGGAGCCUCUCAGUGCCGUCUCCCGCCGAGUCCCGGGACCGGACGAAGACUUCGGCGACUUCAUCUUCCCCACCUGGAGCUGGUGCGGCUGGAAAGGCGGCUCGAUGUCUUACCGUACUUACCAGCUCGAAGGCGUGCUCGCAAAUGUCCACGAAUGGCUCACCGAACACACCUGGAUAGCUUGGUACAUCCGUGACGGACGCGGCAACUUACGUCCCAUCUGGGAUGGCGAGAGCCAAGAAAUUAAAGCUUGUGCCUCUGUAGAAGAGCGAUGGAAAGGAUACAAAGACGUCAUCCCCGAGCCGGAGUUCACGAAAUUACAGGAACAAGCGUUGAUGAAUCUGGGGAAUCCGAACGAGGAUGACUUUAUCAAAUGGGCGAAGGAGCAGGAGAUCGCGGAUAAGGAAGCCAAGCUCGGUGAGCGGGAAGGGAAAGCGAGGGGAAAUUAUUACGACGAAUAUCCGCGGCAUCGAGAACGGAUUCGCGAGCAAAGACACCGCAUUGUAGAGGACGUCGGGCGGGGUCGAGCUCGUUCUGCCUCUUCCGAUAGGCCACGAGGCCGCGAUGUCGAUAUCUACCGCGACGUCAACGCAGACAUCGACGAGCCACCAACCUUCCUCGAUGAAUACGGAAGGAAGAUAUCCUCUGAUAUCGCGAGAAGGAUUAGAAGUGGCUUCCAGCAAUGCCUGCCCGAUAAUCCGUUCAGAGUUUACAUUGAACCCUACACCUCGACCCCAGAUAAAGAUUUCCCCGACCAACCGCUCCUUCAAUUCUGGACAUGGUGGGCUUCGCUCCGGCUUUCGAAAUCCCCUUCCAACCCCAACUCUCCCUCCUCCUCCCCGCCCCUGCCUGGCCUCACCAAAUUCGACAUCUCCGACGCAGUUGGUGACUGGUGCGGCUCGAUCCUGCUCUCCUCUGACUGGGUCUCCAAACAAGAGAAAAUGGGAAACAAGGUUGAUGGUUCAAGAAGGGACUUUUUAGCGAUCAGUGAUGCCAAAGCUUUCACGAGAGAGGAGUGUGAUGUUUGGACGUACUAUGUGCCGAAGGAGAGGGACAGUUCAGAGUGGGAGUUGUAUUAUGUGUUGCUUGUGGAGAUGAAAGAGAGGGUUUGGUUUAGGGUGGCGCUGGGGAAGGUGUUUAAGCAGAGUUUUGAGAAUGCGGUUGGGAGGAAGAGGUGGAGGGAGAUUGUUUUGGGUUGAGGCUGCACUUGGCUACUCCUGCCCCUUCUCUUCGGUAGACCGGUUAUAAAACUCUACCUGCUUCUCUUUUAUGUUAUACUUCGAUGAGAACAGGCCUAAAAGAGCCGGAAUAAUUGCUCAACAUUUGAGGGGGAGUCCAUGAUCACGUGCAUCGCAUUCGGC